AUUGUUCCCGUCCAAGAACUUUAAUAUCAUUGAAAUGAAAUGAAGUGGAAUUUGGCAGGGAAACUUUUCGGUAGGUGAAGUUUCAGUCCGCACACAUACUCACCCAACGAGUGUUCGGGUUACGUUCAAUUUGGCAUUAUUAAUUUUCAAUCCAACAAAAAGAACAACUGAAGAUGAAACUUCAAUAUGCUGAACGAAUGGCUUUGGAUAGAGUCAGCACGCUUCCGCAACCCAUAUUAGAAACCAUCCUAUGUCUUUUACCAACCGAAGAGGCUGCAAGGACUAGUAUUCUCUCAAGGGAAUGGAGGUACAAGUGGACCAAGAUUCCUAUACUAGAGUUUAAUUUGCGUAAAAGAACUUCCGAGCUAACAUCUGACAUAUCAAGUACAAUAAAAUACAUUGACAUGCAUGAUCUACACCAAGUUUUGCUGCUGCGCCAGGGUCCAAUACACGAGCUCACCCUUUCUAUGACGGGUAAUUGGGAAGACCACGACUGUUUUGAAUUUGAUCAAAUAAUACUUCAUUUGUCGAGAAACCACACUGUCAAGAAACUACGACUUGAUGGACCGGGUAGCAUGUUGCAUGAAUUACCCAAAUCUGUUUUCGCAUUGCAUGACUUAGAGGACCUCGAUCUUUGUGAUUUUAUUGUUGACCUUCCAUCAAUAUUCAAUGGCUUUGGUAGCCUUGUAAGCUUAUACUUGAAUGAUGUAAAGCUCUCUACAAAAACUCUUCGACAUCUUUUAUCAAAUUGUCCAUCACUUGAGAGCUUGAAUCUCGAUAUAGGUGAAUCAGAUGAUAAAUGCACUAUUUAUGAGCUACUCAAGUGUUUACCUGUGAUUGAAGAUCUGACUAUUUCGAUUGAUUACUGUGAGUGGCUAGUUCUAGACUCGGUUCCGCAAGAGCUUCCAACCUCACUAAUCCACCUCAAAUACAUACGUUUGGAUGGAAUGUCUUUUGUUGAGGGCUCAAGAUUAGCUUUUCUUCUUGUUUUGAUCAGAUGUUCCCCGAACUUGGAGAGAAUUAAGCUACAGAUGGCGUUGGAAUAUAACGGUGAUCAGGGAUACGGUGAUCAUGAAUAUCGUGCUGUAAAGGAUGAAUAUUCAGAUGUUUGGUUUAAGCGUCUUUGGUUGGAGCAUCUGAAAAAACUGGAGAUUUCUUUGAUCAGAAGCUCACAUGUGAUUGAAUUUGUAAAAGACUUUGUGAAGUUUAUCUUGGUUAGGUCACCUAAGCUGAAGAAGGUGAGCAUAUGCAGUGUGGUUCACCGGAAUCAAGAGUCGGAGAUGUUGAAAACUCUCUUACAGGCCCCACGCGCAUCUCCGGCAGUAAUAAUUACCACCAAUGAAUAUUAGUGAGAAUUGCUUUAAGACCUUAUUGUUUGUAUGUUGAGAUUUAUGAUGAUAAUGUAAUGUUUGUAUGGCUACUAGUUAUUAGUUAUCUAGUAUUGUGGUCAUUUCCGGAUCAA